AUGGCUUCCCAGCAGAAUGGCGAUUCCAACGGCACUGCCAACACCUUCACUCUGAAGGCCGGUUUGGCUCAGAUGUUGAAGGGUGGCGUGAUCAUGGAUGUUGUCAACGCGGAACAGGCUCGCAUUGCUGAAGAGGCUGGUGCCGCCGCUGUCAUGGCCCUCGAGCGUGUCCCCGCCGACAUUAGAGCUACGGGUGGCGUGGCUCGCAUGUCCGAUCCCGGCAUGAUCAAGGAGAUCCAGAAGGCCGUUACCAUCCCUGUUAUGGCCAAGGCUCGUAUUGGACACUUCGUUGAGUGCCAGAUCCUCGAAGCCAUUGGCGUCGACUACAUUGACGAGUCGGAAGUCCUGACCCCCGCCGACGACGUCUACCACGUCACCAAGCACAACUUCAAGGUUCCCUUCGUCUGUGGCUGCCGUAACUUGGGUGAGGCCCUUCGCCGUAUCUCGGAGGGUGCUGCCAUGAUCCGCACCAAGGGUGAGGCCGGUACCGGAGACGUCGUGGAAGCUGUCAAGCACAUGCGCCAGGUCAGCUCGGACAUCGCCCGUGCCCGUGCUAUCUACCAGUCCUCUGCCGACUACGAGCCCGAGCUGCGCCAGUUUGCCCGCCAGCUGGAGGUUCCCUACGAGUUGCUUCGUGAGACGGCCGAGAAGGGCCGUCUGCCCGUGGUGAACUUCGCUGCCGGUGGCGUUGCCACCCCUGCCGAUGCGGCGCUCAUGAUGCAGCUGGGCUGCGAUGGUGUGUUUGUUGGUUCCGGUAUCUUCAAGUCCGGCGAUGCGAAGGCUCGCGCCAAGGCCAUCGUGCAGGCCGUCACUCACUUCCGCGACCCUAAGGUUCUUGCCGAGGUGAGCGAGGGUCUGGGCGAGGCCAUGGUGGGCAUCAACGUUGCGCAGAUGUCCGAGGCCGACAAGCUGGCCAAGCGGGGAUGGUAA